CCUGCAUAUCUGUAGGAAUGGGAUUCAAAGGGGGAAUGAUUUUUUCCAGAUGUAUUUUUCUUAUUUGUUUCUUAGUUACGAACAUGUGUCAUGCGAACAAGACACAUUUCUCAAGAUGGAUAAAGAUAGACACCGAGUAUCCAAAGAAUAUUUACAUUUUUGAAACAAUUUUAAUGAUGGGAAUUGACGAUUGUAUAGACAUAUGUAAGGCUAAGUCAAUGUGUGAAUACGUCAUUUUCAAAGUUAAUGGAAAGGUGUGCUCUCUGAUUGGUGUCGAGGAAAAUAUUUCAGAUGCAAGUUUCGAUCCUGAUAACAAAAUAGAGAAGAGAGAAGGAUAUAUUCUUGGAAAAAAGACCGACUGGGAUUUGGGUGAGUACGACGUGUGUAGAUCAUGUGGACACUCUGGAGAAUGCCAAGCAGGGGAACAUGAUACGAACAAAUACCAGAAUUGUCAAAGUUCAGGUAAAUGUGAAUAA